AUGACAGAUUCUUCGUCGUCUUCCUUCUUUUCUGAUUUUGGGCUGCUACUGUACCUGGAGGAGCUAAACAAAGAGGAAUUAAGUAAAUUCAAGUUACACCUAAAGAAUGAGGCCAUAGGACCCGGGUGCCACCCCAUACCCUGGGCUGAUGUGAAGAAAGCCAAGCGGGAGGAGCUGGCUAACUUGAUGCACAAACAUUAUCCAGGAGAGCAGGCUUGGGAUGUGGCUCUGAAAAUCUUUGGCAAGAUGAACCUCAAGGAACUGUGUGACAAAGCAAAAGCAGAGAUGAGCUGGGCAGCCCAGACCACAGGACCAGAGGACACCAGGGCUGGAGAGGCACAAGGUGACCAGGAGGCACUGCUGGGUGACAGAACAAAAUACAGAAUUCAAAUACAGGAAAGGUUUUGCCUCAUGCGAGAUAAGAAGUGUUUGCUUGGAGAACCUAAAGAUUUCCGUCAUGAAAUUGCCGAGGAAGGUAGAGAGCUGCUGGAACAUUUGUUUGAUGUGGAUGUCACAACCGGUGAGCAGCCGCAGACAGUGGUGCUGCAAGGGGCUGCUGGAGUUGGGAAAACCACCCUGGUGAGAAAGGCAAUGUUAGACUGGGCCCAGGGCAAUCUCUAUCAGGAGAAGUUCACCUAUGUUUUUUAUCUCAAUGCGAGAGAAAUUAACCAGUGGAGAGAAAGAAGCUUUGUUCAAAUGAUAUCAAAUGACUGGCCCAGCACAGAAGGCCCCAUUGAAAACAUUAUGUCCCAGCCAAAUAGUCUCCUUUUUAUUGUUGACAGUUUUGAUGAGUUGAACUUCGCCUUCGAGGAACCUGAGUAUGCACUGUGUGAGGACUGGACCCAGGUACACCCAGUGUCCUUCCUCAUGAGUAGUUUGCUGCGGAAAGUGAUGCUCCCCGAGUCAUUCUUAUUGGUGACGACAAGGCUCACAGCUUGCGAGAGACUAAAGCCCUUGCUGAAGAGUCAGCGUUCUAUAGAGCUACUGGGGAUGUCUGAGGAUGCAAGAGAGGAGUAUGUUUACCAGUUUUUUGAAGACAAGACGUGGGCCUUGCAAGUAUUGAGCUUACUGAGAAACAAUGAGAUGCUUUUCAGCAUGUGCAAAGUCCCCCUAAUGUGCUGGGUCAUUUGUACUUGUCUGGAGCAGCAGCUGGAGAAGGGUGGUGAUGUCACACUGACUUGCAAAUCCACCGUGGCUCUGUUUACGUGCUAUAUUUCUAGCUUGUUCACACGAGUAGAUAGAAGCUCUCCUAGUCUACCCAAGCAAGCCCAACUGAGGAGCCUGUGCCACGUGGCUGCCAAAGGAGUAUGGACUAUGACACAUGUGUUUUACAAGGCAAACCUCCGAAGGCAUGGGUUAUCUAAAUUCGAUGUCUCACUUUUCCUGGCCAUGAAUAUUCUUCAGAAGGAUACAGAUUAUGAAAACUGCUAUGAGUUCACCCACCUACACAUUCAGGAGUUUUUUGCAGCUAUGUUCUAUAUGUUGGAAGACAGCCAGGAACCCGAGGACCAUUCCUCUCAGUCUUUCACAGACCAUUCCUCUCAGUCUUUCACAGACGUGAAGCCGUUACUUGAAAGCACUAGUUAUAAAGACCCACAUUUGAUGCAGAUGAAGUGCUUUUUGUUUGGCCUUUUGAAUGAAGAUCGAAUAAAACAACUGGAGGAAACUUGUAACUGUAUAAUGUCGCUGGAGAUAAAAGGGAAGAUACUUCAGGAGAUGGAAAUAUUAGGAAAUAGUGACUAUUUCUCAUCACAGCUGGGAUGUCUGGAGUUGUUUCACUGCCUGUAUGAGACUCAAGACGAAGCAUUUAUAAGCCAGGCAAUGAGCUAUAUCCAAAAGGUUGUCAUUAACAUUUGUGGGAAAAUCCACUUGCUUGUGUCUUCUUUCUGCCUUAAACACUGCCGGCGUUUACGGACCAUCAAGCUGUCUGUGACUGUGGUAUUUGAGAAGAAGAUGUUCAGUUCAAGCCUCCCGGCUGGAACUUGGCAAAGGGAUGCCUAUUAUUGCUGGCAAGAUCUCUGUUCUGUGCUUCAUACAAAUGAACACUUGAGAGAACUGAACCUGUGUCAUAGCAACCUCGAUGACUUGGCAAUGAAGGUUAUUUAUCAAGAACUAAGGCACCCAAACUGUAAACUACAAAAGCUAUUGUUGAGAUUUCUUUCUUUCCCUGAUGGUUGUCAGAAUAUCGCUAGUUGUUUGACUCACAACCAGAAUCUGCUGCAUCUCGACCUGAAAGGAAGUGAUAUAGGGGACAGUGGAGUGAAGUCCUUAUGUGAAGCCUUGAGACACCCAGACUGUAGACUACAGAAUCUGAGCUUGGAAUCCUGUGACCUAACUACACUUUGUUGUCUGAACAUCUCCAAGACUCUUGUCAGAAGCCAGAACCUGGUAUUUCUGAAUCUGUCAACUAAUAAUCUAUUGGAUGACGGAGUGAAGCUGUUGUGUGAGGCCUUAAGACAUCCAAAGUGUUACCUAGAGAGACUGUCCUUAGAAAGCUGUGGCCUCACAGUAGCUGGUUGCGAGGAUCUCUCUUUGGCCCUCAUCAGCAACAAGAGGCUGACACAUUUGUGCUUGGCGGACAACAUCUUGGGAGACGAUGGAGUGAAGUUAAUGAGUGAUGUCUUGAAACAUCCGCAGUGCACUCUACAGAGCCUUGUGCUGCGACGAUGCCAUUUCACUUCAGUUAGCAGUGAACAUCUGUCAUCUUCCCUGCUAAGCAACAAGAGCCUGACACAUCUGGAUCUGGGGUCAAACUGGCUACAAGAUGAUGGAGUAAAGCUUCUGUGUGAUGUCUUUCGGCAUCCAAGCUGUAAUCUUCAGGACCUGGAACUGAUGGGUUGUGUUCUCACCAGUGCCUGUUGUCUGGAUCUGGCUUCUGCUAUUCUGAACAACCCAAAUCUGCGGAGCCUGGACCUCGGGAACAAUGACUUGCAGGAUGAUGGAGUCAAAACUCUGUGUGAAGCUUUGAGACAUCCAAACUGUAAUAUUCAGAGGCUUGGGCUGGAAUACUGUGGUUUGACCUCUCUCUGUUGUCAGGAUCUCUCCUUUACUCUUAGCAGCAACCAAAGACUGAUAAAAAUAAACCUGACACAGAAUACCUUAGGUUGUGAAGGAAUUGCAAAGUUAUGUGAAGUCUUGAGGUCUCCUGAAUGUAAACUACAAGUUCUAGGGUUGUGGAAAGAGGCAUUUGAUGAGGAAGCCCAGAAGCUGCUGGAAGCUGUGGGAGUUUGCAAUCCACACCUACUCAUUAAGCAUGAUUGUAAUGAUCAGAACGAAGAAGAUGGUUCCUGGUGGCAGUGUUUCUGA